AGUCUGUUUUUUUAUUACAGAUUUCAAUGUCUUCAAUCAUUACAUUAUUCACAAAUUUGAAAGCUCACAUGAAGUGCAUCUGGAUGCCAAGUGACCAAACCUCCGUCAUUUCCAAAAGUCCCACCUCAUCCAGUCCGAAGCAUAAGAAAACAGACAUCCCUGGAAGUCAUGAUUUUGAAAAAUCAAAGGAACAAAUGAUGUCAGAGGUAACAGGACAAACCCUGAAGAAGGUGGUCACAAAUCUGUGUAAACUGGCAUCAACAGAGCGUGAGAGGGUCUGGCUAUGGGUGUGCACCAAUAUAGCAUACGAUGUAGAAUUUCUGCAAAAGAAAUCUUCAUGGACUAGUGAUCACAAGGUGGUGUUUAAAAAACGUAAAGCUAUAUGUGCUGGAUAUGCAACCCUGUUCUACGAAAUGUGCAGGCUGGCACAUAUAAAAUGUGUUAAGAUACAUGGAAACUGUAAGCCAUGCAGCAUCAAAAAUAAAUCCACUCAUAGCUGGAAUGCUGUUUGCAUCGAUGGAGCAUGGUAUCUAAUAGAUGCAACCUGGGGAGCUGGAUAUGUCAACAAAGAACAAACUAAAUUCAUUUUUAAACUUGCAGACAUAUAUUUUCUUGCUGACCCAGUGAUAUUUGCUAAGAAUCACACUCCUAAUGAGUCAAAAUGGACCCUUCUUCAUGGCAACACCAACAUCCACCCUGGAAUAGAGAAUGAGAAGCACACAGCACCAGGGGCUUGAAUUAGCUGUAUUGGGAUGAAUGGCCUGUUACAAUUGAAAAUGUUCUUUGUUUUUAAUUUCAGAGGAUGUUCACAUGUCAGAUAUUGAUCUCUCUAUUUCUGUAUUAAAGUAAAAUCAUACAGAAGUGAACAGAGACUAGUACUGUAAGCAAAUAUUUUCAAGUCAUGAU